CCUGGCGAGGACCUCUUUAUCGCUGUCCAGAUGACUCAUGCGGAGCAGUACGUGGUGACAAUUCCUCCGCGAAAUUAGACCGACCAGGAUCAUAGUCUCUUUUGAGUAUCUCACUCGUGGAGCCACUAACCUUUAGACCCAUUCACGAGUCUUCACUAGCAGUCCGACUAAUUAGGAAGAAUGAGGUGUGGUGGUAGCGCAGGCCAACGGGGUAGCAUCUUCCGAUGCAGGGGCGUUCAGCUAUAGUGCUACCUCUGUCCACCCUCAUUUCAGUUCUUCGAACUCUCUUCCCCUCUUCGUUUAUAUUUAGCAACCCUGUGUUAUGCGACGUACUCCCCCUCGUUCUCUGUGUUUUUCCCUCUCUAGCAUUCAUUACCCUACAAGGAAGACUUCCUAUCGUGAUUGCGUAUGACUGUUCUAAAGCGCUCGAUAAAAUGAGAUUUUCCGUCCUAGCCGGGGCCUCCCUGCUAUCGGGAUGUGCCCUAGCUGCUGUCCCACAUAUUGAGAUCAAAGGCUCUAAAUUUUUCUACUCCAACAACGGCAGCGAAUUCUAUAUCCGAGGCGUCGCCUAUCAGGAGGACUACACCGGCGGUGGGGCCGGCGGAACUGGUGAGACUAGCAACAACUACAUCGACCCUCUGGCAGACGCCUCCAAAUGCGAGCGUGACAUUCCCUAUCUCCAGCAACUGCGCACAAACGUCAUUCGAACCUAUGCGGUCGAUCCUACUCAGGGUCACGAUGACUGUAUGCAGAAGUUAGCCGAUGCAGGAAUCUACGUCAUCACCGAUCUCUCGUCUCCUGAUGAAUCUAUCACGUCGAAUUCCCCUAUCUGGACAGUUGAUCAGUACAUUCGCUACACGAGUGUUAUCGAUGCGUUUCACCAGUACGACAAUGUGAUUGGCUUCUUUGCAGGUAAUGAGGUAGUGAAUAAGGCAAACCAGACUAUCGGCGCCGCCUUCGUCAAGGCUGCAGCAAGAGAUAUGAAAGCCUACAUCAAAGACAAGGGAUACCGCGAGACUCUAGGCAUCGGCUAUGCAACCACCGAUAACCCGGACAUCCGUGUACCAAUCUCCGACUACCUCAACUGUGGUGUUCAAUCCGAAGCGAUUGAUUUCUUCGGAUACAACAUCUAUGAAUGGUGCGGCGAUAAGACCUUCAAGACUUCGGGAUACGAAAACCGAACGGACGAAUACAAGGACUACUCCAUCCCCGUCUUCUUCUCCGAGUAUGGAUGCAAUGACGAGAAACCCCGCAAGUUCAGCGACGUCCCCGUGCUCUUCGGGCCUCAGAUGGAAAAUGUCUGGAGCGGCGGCAUUGUUUACAUGUACUUCGAGGCAGAAAACGAUUACGGCCUUGUUUCGGUUAGUGGCAGCUCUGUGAAAACCGAAGCAGGCUUCGAAUACUACUCCAAACAGAUUCAGUCUGCAACACCGACCGGUACCAACAAGGCCAGCUACUCCCCUACUAACUCUCCCCGCGCCUGUCCCACGGUUGACGAUAUGUGGCUCGCCAAGUCGAGCCCUCUUCCCCCAUCUCCCAACAAGGAUCUUUGCUCUUGUAUGACAUCAAGCUUGUCUUGUGUGGUCAGCGACUCCGUCAAGGCGGAUAAAUACGGCGAGCUCUUUGGCCAAGUCUGUGGCUAUGGUGGAGGUGUCUGUGACGGUAUUGCUCAUAACUCCACCACGGGUGACUAUGGGGCCUACAGCGUCUGCUCGAGCAAGGAUCAGUUGUCGUUUGUUUUCGAUCAGUACUAUAAGAGUCAAGAUAAGAGAAAGUCGGCUUGUGAUUUCGAUGGCGCGGCGUCGAUCCAGUCUGCUAAGGAUUUAUCUGGGACUUGCAAAACCCUCAUCGGCCAGGCGGGUUCAGAAGGAACAGGAAAGGUCACUUCCAAUCCCACUGGUGGUGGAAAUGCGGCCAGUACCUCUACCUCCAAAGGCGCAGCUUACGGUGCUGUGAGUCCCAGCGCAGUUUAUGUGAGCGGCUGGCUUGGUGUGGCCUAUGUUGUCACAGCAGCGAUGGCUGGGUUCCUGAUGGUGAAUCUGUAGGCUUUCGAGGAGUUGGAUAUCAUUUCCAUGUCUAUUAGCGUAUAAAUUUCCUGAUUCCGCGCAAUGGGUGGC